AUGGCAGAAGAAGGUAAAAGCGGGAAGAAGCAAGUGAUGGUAGCCAUUGAUGAAAGCGAUUGCAGCAAAGAAGCUUUGAAAUGGACGCUCGUGUAUCUCAAAGAUACUCUCUCCGAUUCCGAUAUCAUCCUCUUCACCGCUCAACCUCCACUUGAUCUAAGCUGCGUCUACGCUUCCUCUUAUGGCGCUGCUCCGAUGGAGUUGAUAAAUUCAAUGCAAGAGAACUAUAAGAACGCUGCGUUGAAUCGGCUUCAUUUAGGAACCAAAAUUUGUGCUGAGAUUGGGGUUACCCCAAAGAUGGUGAUGGAAUUUGGAAAUCCUAAAGAAGCUAUAUGUGAUGCUGUUGAGAAGCUUGGUGUUAAUUUGCUUAUUGUUGGGAGCCAUGGUAAAGGAGCAUUACAAAGGACUUUCCUUGGAAGUGUUAGCAAUUAUUGUGUUAACAAUGCUAAGUGCCCAGUUCUUGUGGUGAGGACAAAGGCUUGA